UUCACCGAAUCAAAUGGUUAUGUUGGUGUGUGAAAGGAAAACAUCAAAUCACUUUCUCUAAGAGCGUAGCUUUAGCGAACCUCAAACGUUGAACCGAGUUUGAAAUGCCUUCAUUACUUUACGUGGACAGCCCAAGGAGUUAUCGAAGAAUUCAAGGGGAGAAGAAGAAAUACAUGGCCAAAGGCGCCACAAUUUCAUGGUUGUCAGACCAACUGAGCAAUGGAGCAAUCUUGUUACUUCUCGACUGCCGACCGUACGCCGAGUAUGCUCAGUCCCAUGUACAGGGCGCGAUUAAUUUAACUAUUCCUUCCCUCAUGCUACGAAGACUAAAGAAAGGCGCAAACUUCGCCAUAAGUUCACUGAUCACUUCGGAGGAUGGCAAGGCUCAGUUUAACAGGAAUCUUCGCCUGGCGUCGGGAAUAGUUUUGUACGAUUCGGAAACGAACGAUGUGUCGAGCGUAUGUUCAAACAGUGCCUUAGGAGUCUUGCUGAAGAAGUUUUCCGAAGAUGUCAAUACGCCAGUUUGGUUACUUGAAGGUGGCUUUACGAAGUUUGAGAAUAAGUAUCCCAGUUUUUGCGUCGCUGGAGAACUCGUCGAUAGACCACUGCUGUCUCUGUCAGGAUUGACGAUACAAGACACCGACAUCAAUGACCGCGCGUUGAAACUUGAACCAAUUACACCACAAAUCACUGAUCACCAAGAGUCCACGACAAAAGUCCCUGUUCAGAUCCUACCUCGUUUAUACCUUGGCAGCGAAAAGGAUUCUUCAGAUUUGGAACUCUUAAAGAAAUACGAAAUUUCGUAUAUCUUAAACGUUACACACGACAAGCCGAACUCUUUCGAACAUUUGCCUGAUUUUAAAUACAAGAAACUCCCAGUAGAAGACAACUGGAGAGCUAAUCUAUCCGACAUGUUUCCAGAGGCAUUUCAGUUCAUAGAUGAGGGCAUCACACAGAACCGUGGAGUUUUAAUUCAUUGUCUUGCCGGAGUCUCGCGUUCGGUGACUGUAACUAUCGCCUACUUAAUAUCAGCCCUCAACAUGACUUUAAAUGAAGCUUACGACUUCGUGAAACAAAGAAAGCCGAGUGUUAAUCCAAAUUUGAACUUUAUGGGACAACUAUUGGAGUUUGAAAGGCAACUCAGAACACCUCAAACCCCAAGUUCCACGACGAGUACGCUCUCGAGCGACUGUAGUUUAGACGGCGAAGUCGAAGACUUGAGUUGAACGUUGUUCGUUGGAGCUGUCAAAAGGUUGAAUUCAAAUCAAGCUGAUAGAUUAUAACAGAACUUAGAAUUAUUCUCCGGAAACAAAAGGACGGCAAGCAAUGAUCUUUAAUGAAAGAGUUACAAUUAACAGAGGUUAUGCCGAGAAAGUUUAAAACUAUUUCGUAUCGGAGAGAUAUACACUUUCUUUAAGGAUAGAGCGAACGAAAUCGUUUUAAAGUUGUUUAGAAAUUGAAGUUAUAGUUUUGUAUAGCACAUUGAAACCAUUUUGUGGUAGUUUGAAUAAUCUUGAGGGAACUUUGCAUUGUAUGCAAUUAAACUGUAAGCACACUUUUGUGCUCAUCGACUAGUUUGUACAGAGUUACACACUUCUUUAAACUUUGCCAGACACGUACUCCAUUUAACACGUUUACGAUCAAUACCUCUACCAUUAGUCUUCUCGCGCAGCCAAUAACCUUCAUAACUGACGAUAAUUCUAUCGAUAAAGGAAUUUCCUUUAUUAAAAUUCAUUGUAUACUCCUACAGCAUCAAUUUUGAUAAAGAAACCCUCUCCAAUUCCAGAUUUAUAAUUUAUGUUCAGGAAGAUUUGUAAAUAGUUAAAAAUAUUGAAUGAUAUUUGUGGGAAAUUCCUUCAAUUCAUAGAUUCCGAAGAAGUUGUAUAUAUGUAUUAGUUAGUUGGUUAUUGUUAGAUAUACAGAUUGUAAAUAUAAUUAUGAAAUAUCUCCUUAAAUAAAUGUAGAAAGUUCUCAAACUCAAAAUGAAA